AUGCAUUUCACCAGCAACAUCGGAGUCAGCGCCAUCCUUCUCAGCGCCGUUGCCGUCUCGGCCUGGCCUGUCGAAGGAGCCAGCCCCAACAGCCUGGCCGCCCGCGGUGUCGGUGGGGAUGUCGGCAACAUCCCAAUCAAGGUUGACGGCAUGUUGGAGUCGAGGGAUGUUAACGGCGCCAAGAAUUCCAAGCCCGCCGCCGGACUUUCUCCAGCAUCAUCCUCUGCCGGCAAAAAGACAAGCGGGUCUCCACCCGCAGCUGCCGCCGUCGUCCCGGCGACCCAGCCAGCAUCGGCCGGGAAAGGCAAGGCCUCCGCACCUCCUGCUGGUGCCCUGACCACCCCGCAGGGGCUGUCGGCACAGCAGGGUGCCGGCAAGAAUACCAAGGCCCUCGCCCCCGCGGCGCAGAGCAGCAAAAACACCGCCAAGCCGGCCGUUGGCACAUCCGGUACUACUGCCACUAACCCGGCGGCCAACACGGCCUGCGCCCUAGGGAAGAGCAGCAAGAAGAAGGGCGGGCUGGCCAGGCGCUCCGACCCGUGUUGGAACAACCCGUGGGCUACCAACCCCAGCCCUGUCGGCGGCGGCGGCGGCAACAACGCCGCGGCCGGCAGCGGGCUCAACGCUUGGGGCAGCAGUGCUAACGCUUGGGGCGCGAAUGCCGCUGGUGGAAGCAGUACCAACGCUUGGGGCGCGAAUGCAGCCGGCGGAAGCAGUGCCAACGCUUGGGGCGGCAUGGGUGGUGGUGGUGGUGCUGCCGCCGGAGGCGCCGGCGGCUACGCAGCCAUUGGCGGGAUGGAGGUGGCCAUGGGACAGUCCACAGCCGCGUACCCCGGGCAGACGUUCAAGACCAGAGGGCUGGUCAACUGCUUCGGCGUGGUGGUGCUCACGCGGGACCCAACGUUCGGGGCUACGGCGCCGGCGCUGGCGCACGUGACGGCCGACGCGACGGGCAUGCAGGAGCUGAGGUCUUUUGUCCAGAAGAUCAGGCAGAGCGGCGGCUCCGCGACCAGGAUCGUCGUCCGGCAGGCGAGUACGUCCAGCGGUAUGGUCCCGAGCUGGACGGCGGCCGACACCACCGCCAUGCUGAGUCUGAGGAACGACGUCGCCACCAUCAUGGGCACGCUAAACGCCCCGAUUCAAGCCGUCUCGAGCUCCAUGGGCGGUGAGCAGUACCGCAACCGCCAGCCUCCUGCCGGGACCAUGUGGGUCACUGGUCAGGGCCAGGUCUUUGUCGACGGUCAGCAGGUGUUGUAA